AGAAGAAGAGACACGAACACGAACGGAAGCAGGAGAAGAUCGAAGAGACGAAGUACAAGAAGGUCGAAAAGGAAGACACGAUCGAAAAGGAAUGGCAGAAAAGAGGUUCUAUUACGUUGUUUUUAUUGGAAAAGUCCCCGGAAUCUAUGAAAGUUGGAUAGCUUGUAGCGAACAAGUAACUCGCUUCUCUGGGGCUGUAUUUAAAAAGUAUCCGUCAUUGGAAGAGGCAAAAAAUGCUUGGAGUGUGUUUGUUGAAUCUCAUUCCAAUGUGCAAAUGCCGUCUCCUCAACUUGGUCAACUUCCCACCGAUUAUCCACCGUUGCUCGUACCUAUGCAAGCAAAUAUGGAUGGCCAAGCUCCUUACAAGCUGCCGAAACUUUGUGUGUACAUUGCAAUGUUCUUACUUGGAGCAAUAGUGGGAAUUUUAAUUGUGGUGAUCGUCAUGUAUAUUUUCUUUUAGUUGGGUUAUGUAAUGCUUAUGUUCAAGACAAUGUAUAACUUGUGAUGUGUAUAAAUUUGGAACUU